CGUGUGUGUCAUCUACUCGCAACGUUAAUUAUUUUAUUAAUCAAACGACGGAGCCCAUGUACGUUGGGCUGGGCGCACGUAAAAAUACAGCAAGGCACGCUUUUAAAAUAAAACAGUGAAAUAAAGACAAACAAAAAACAAGCGUCAUUUUGUUUUAUCGGUGUUCACAUUGACGACGCCAGUACCGCGGGGUUGGCAAAACAAGUUGUCCCGUUGGUCUGCAACUGGCUGCACCAAUAAGAGCGUUUGACUGUGCAAAUAAGUGUGGGACAAUCUAAUUCAUUAAGUAUAAAUGUGUCUUUAAGUCAUUUUGGGUGAUUUUAAAAUACAAAAGCCAAAAUGAGGCAACACACUUCAACGCAGGCAACGGCAACAAUUUCAAUUUGCAGCUGCCUUCUGCUGCUGUGCAGCAACAGCGUGGGAAUCGCAUUAGCAGAUUCUUUCUCCGAUUAUUUUUCCGACUAUGAAUGCAACCAGCCGUUGAUGGAGCGGGCUGUUUUAACAGCCACAUCGUCGUUAACGGAGCGUGGACCAGACAAAGCGCAUUUAAAUGGUAACGCGGCUUGGACGCCUGUCGAGAAUACCUAUAAUCACUUUCUAACAGUCGAUCUGGGCGGGCCACAAAUGGUGCGCAAGAUCGCCACCAUGGGACGCAUGCACACCGAUGAGUUUGUAACGGAGUACAUUGUCCAAUACUCGGACGAUGGCGAGUAUUGGCGCUCGUAUGUUAACCCCACGAGCGAGCCGCAGAUGUUCAAGGGCAACACCGACGGCAAUUCCAUACACUACAAUGUCUUCGAGGUGCCCAUUAUUGCACAGUGGGUGCGCAUUAAUCCUACGCGCUGGCAUGAUCGCAUCUCCAUGCGUGUCGAGCUCUACGGCUGUGAAUAUGUGUCGGAGAAUCUUUAUUUCAAUGGCACCGGCCUGGUGCGCUAUGAUCUGCGCCGUGAACCCAUUGCCUCAUCCCGCGAGUCCAUACGUUUUCGCUUCAAGACCGCCUUUGCGAAUGGCGUUAUGAUGUACUCGCGCGGCACUCAGGGCGAUUACUAUGCCCUGCAGCUGAAGGAUAACAAGAUGGUGCUGAAUCUCGAUCUGGGCUCGGGCAUUAUGACCUCGCUCUCGGUAGGCAGUCUGCUGGACGAUAAUGUGUGGCACGAUGUGGUCAUAUCGCGUAAUCGACGGGACAUCAUAUUCUCAGUGGAUCGUGUCAUAGUGCGUGGACGCAUUCAGGGCGAGUUUAGUCGAUUGAAUCUCAAUCGGGAGCUGUACCUGGGCGGUGUGCCCAACGUGCAGGAGGGUCUCAUUGUGCAGCAGAACUUCUCGGGCUGUUUGGAGAACAUUUAUUUCAACUCGACCAACUUUAUAAGGACCAUGAAGGAGAGCUAUGAGCUGGGCGAGGCUUAUUUGUAUACCAGGGUGAACACCAUAUAUGCUUGCCCCUCGCCGCCCAUUUACCCUGUUACCUUUACGACGCGCGGUUCGUUUGUGCGACUGAAGGGCUAUGAGAACUCGCAGCGCUUGAAUGUGUCCUUCUACUUCCGUACGUACGAGGAGAGCGGCGUUAUGGUACACCACGAUUUCUACUCGGGCGGCUACAUCAAAGUGUUUCUGGAGUUUGGCAAAGUGAAGAUUGAUCUCAAAGCCAAAGACCAGGCACGCAUCAUUCUGGACAACUAUGACGAACAGUUCAACGAUGGCAAAUGGCAUUCCUUUGUGCUUUCGAUUGAGCGCAAUCGUCUCAUUCUAAAUAUUGAUCAACGUCCAAUGACAACGACCAAGAAUCUGCAGAUAGCAACUGGACGUUUGUAUUAUAUAGCCGGCGGUAAGGAGAAGAAUGGCUUUGUGGGCUGCAUGCGCCUCAUCUCAGUGGAUGGCAACUAUAAGUUGCCACAGGACUGGGUGCAGGGCGAGGAGGUUUGCUGCGGCGAUGAGGUUGUCGUCGACGCCUGCCAAAUGAUUGAUCGCUGCAAUCCAAAUCCCUGCCAGCACAAGGGUGUUUGUCAUCAGAAUAGCAUGGAGUUCUUCUGCGACUGCGCACACACUGGAUAUGCGGGCGCUGUCUGUCACACCUCCAACAAUCCUCUGUCUUGUCAGGCUUUGAAGAAUGUGCAGCACGUGCAGCAGCGUGUUAAUCUGAACAUUGAUGUCGAUGGCAGCGGUCCGCUGGAGCCUUUCCCAGUUACUUGCGAAUUUUACUCUGAUGGUCGCGUUAUAACCACACUUAGUCACAGUCAGGAGCACACGACCACGGUUGAUGGCUUCCAGGAGCCCGGCUCCUUUGAGCAGUCCAUCAUGUACGAUGCCAAUCAACUGCAAAUUGAAGCAUUGCUUAAUCGCUCGCACAGCUGCUGGCAGCGUCUGAGCUAUUCCUGCCGUUCGUCGCGUCUCUUCAACUCGCCCACUGAAGCUGGUAACUUCCGUCCCUUCUCCUGGUGGAUUUCUCGUAACAAUCAGCCCAUGGACUAUUGGGCCGGCGCUUUGCCUGGUUCGCGCAAAUGUGAGUGCGGCAUCCUGGGCAAAUGUCACGACCCUACCAAGUGGUGCAACUGCGAUUCCAACAGCCUAGAGUGGACCGAGGAUGGCGGAGAUAUACGUGAAAAGGAACAUUUGCCAGUGCGUGCGGUUAAGUUCGGUGAUACCGGCACGCCGCUGGAUGAGAAACAGGGCCGCUACACGCUGGGACCCAUGCGCUGCGAGGGCGACGAUUUGUUCAGCAAUGUUGUCACGUUCCGCAUAGCUGACGCUUCAAUUAAUUUGCCGCCCUUUGACAUGGGUCAUUCGGGCGACAUUUAUUUGGAGUUCCGCACCACACAGGAGAACUCGGUGCUGUUCCAUGCCACUGGCCCCACCGACUAUAUCAAGCUGAGUCUGAAUGGUGGCAACAAGCUGCAAUUCCAGUACCAGGCCGGCAGCGGUCCACUCGGCGUCAAUGUGGGCACCAGUUAUCAUCUGAACGACAACAACUGGCACACUGUGAGCGUUGAGCGUAACAGAAAGGAGGCGCGCCUGGUUGUUGAUGGCUCCAUAAAGGCUGAGGUGCGCGAGCCACCAGGUCCCGUGCGUGCUCUGCAUCUGACAUCAGAUUUGGUCAUUGGCUCAACCACUGAGUACCGCGAUGGUUACGUGGGCUGCAUACGUGCGCUCUUACUGAAUGGAAAGAUGGUGGAUUUGAAAGAGCACUCAAUGCGUGGAAUCUAUGGCAUCAGUACGGGCUGCGUGGGUCGUUGCGAGUCAAGUCCUUGUCUCAACAAUGGCACCUGCAUUGAACGCUACGAUGGCUACAGCUGCGACUGUCGCUGGAGUGCUUUCAAGGGACCCAUUUGUGCAGAUGAGAUUGGCGUCAAUUUGCGUUCCAGUUCUAUUAUUCGCUACGAGUUUGAAGGCUCCUUCCGUUCCACCAUUGCAGAGAAUAUACGCGUGGGCUUCACAACUACCAUACCCAAGGGCUUUCUGCUGGGUUUCUUUUCGAAUUUAACAGGCGAAUAUUUGACCAUACAAGUUUCCAAUUCAGGCCACUUGCGGUGUGUGUUUGACUUUGGCUUCGAGCGUCAAGAAAUUAUAUUCCCCAAGAAGCAUUUCGGCUUGGGUCAGUAUCAUGACAUGCGUUUUAUGCGCAAGAACAGCGGCUCCACGGUGGUGCUGCAAGUGGAUAAUUACGAGCCAGUCGAGUAUCACUUUGAUAUCAAGGCGUCGGCGGAUGCACAGUUCAACAACAUUCAGUACAUGUACAUUGGCAAAAAUACCUCAAUGACUGACGGAUUUGUUGGCUGUGUGUCGCGUGUGCAGUUCGACGAUAUCUAUCCACUAAAACUGAUGUUCCAACAGAAUCCACCCAAUAAUGUCAAAUCUCUGGGCACUCAAUUGACUGAAGACUUUUGCGGCGUUGAGCCUGUAACGCAUCCACCCAUUGAAAUUGAGACCAGACCGCCACCAUUGGUGGAUGAGGAGAAGCUGCGCAAGGCUUAUAAUGAAGUCAACUCUGUGCUGCUGGCAUUUUUGCUCGUCAUACUCUUCCUGUUGCUACUACUGAUGUUCUUCCUGAUUGGUCGCUACUUGCACCGACAUAAGGGCGAUUAUUUGACGCACGAGGAUCAUGGCGCCGAUGGAGCCGAUGAUCCGGAUGAUGCUGUUCUGCACUCAACCACGGGCCAUCAGGUCAGAAAGCGUACAGAGAUUUUCAUCUAAGCUAUCGAGUGCAGCAAUCUCCGAAAAUCAAUCGCCUUAAACAAAAACCAGCAACACACAACUGAGCGACGACUCGUACACAAAACAAAAAACAAAAAAGAUAUAUAUAUACAUAUAAACACACAAUCAAACGAAUUAGGAAACGAAUAUGAUAAAUUAUCAUUGAUAAUAGAUUCGAAGGCUUUUCCCCCCAACACACUGCCAAUUAUUUUGAGCAAUUCUUUUGCUUUAAAAUUUGGUUAACAAUUGGUUGCUGAUUACUUUACCUUACUUUAUCGUAUUGUAAUAUUUUGCUUUUGUUUAAUGGCAAAUCAAUUUCUUAAAUUUUAUUUUACUUUGUACUUUGAACGAACACUCAAUAGUCAUCGAAGACCGUCCAUUUUUGUUUAGUUAACUUUUUAUACACAUUUUGUUUACCAAAUUAAGUUACGAUUGUACUUUAAGUUGCUGCGCGCUCUGCAGCCCGUCAACCAGCCAAUUACAUUUAUAUAUUGUGCACGUAUUCAUAUAUAUAUAUAUCAAUAUAUAUAUAUAUGUGUAUACUUGCACAAUAAUACCAACAACAUUCCAUUAUAUUUAAAACGUUUUUGUCUGCCUCUACUUAUUAUGUAAAUCUUUUCAAAUGUCUUCUAAUUUACACAAAAACAAAACAAAAUUUAAUCAUUUUUGUAGUAAAACAAAAUGCUAAGUUGUAAAAGUUUAGUUACGAAAUGAGAAAAUGAAUUGUAUUUUUGGAAAAUGCAAUUGCAUAUUUGAAAUAUACAUAUUUGGCAUAUGUAUAUAUAUAUAUAUAUGAACAGUUGUAUAUACACUGUGUGUUUACACUGACAUAAUAAAGAU